CAACAUUGAAAUUAAAAAAUUUGUUUGGUUGACUAACACUAAGGGUACUAGAGUAACCACUCGGAAAAUUAGCCAACACCAAAAUUUAGAGUUGUCUACUUUUUCACUUCACUUGACAUUUCGCUACCUUGGCAAGGAAAAAUUUCAGUGCUUUAGCAAAAACUAAAACGGGGAUAUCAAAACGCAGAACUAACUCUGAGAACCGCUACAGAAAAUGUCUAAGGAGGUUAAAGAAAUGGAGAUGGAAAACUUGAAAGGCGAAGCUUCUGAUACAGAACAAAAUCAGGAAAUCGAACGGACCUCUGGCCUUUCACCAAAGAAAACAGUUAGUAAAAUAGAGAAUAACAAGCCGAAUAAUCCGUUCCGUAAGCAUUCCACGUCUUCGAGCUCAUCGAGCGGUUCUGGUACAAGCCGAUUGUUCAGAACUUCAAUAUCCUCCAGCUCUGGCUCGGAGUCUCGCCCUUCGAGGGAUAGGUUUUCCUCUACACGGAAUGGAACUCAGGACGAGAAAUUAAAAUUGAAAGUCAGGAGCCAUAAUUCCGCUGAACCAUGUUCUGCUGACGUAUCGAAGUCGAAAAGCAGGAGCCGUAGCAUGAGUAAAAGCAAUUUUAGAGGAAGAUCCAAUUUACGGUCCAGUUCUGGGUCCGAUUCUGGGUCCAAUUCCGGGUCCCAUUCCGGAAACGAUUCUGAAUCCAAUUCCAGUUCCGGUUCGGGAUCCGAUGCGGAAUCCAAUGCGGGAGCCAGUUCUCGUGGUAGCGACAAGAAAGAGACUACACGACUACGAAGCGCUGUUCGUCGCAUUAAUGAAACUUGGCAAUCACCAAACUCUUUCAAGUCAGUAAAAACGUAUCGUAAAAAAUAUGAAUCAGGAAGCAGCAGUACACCACAAAAUCCUUGGAAGAACAGAAUAGAUCUGACGAACGGCAGUACGAAUCUCAAAAGUCCGGACAAUCGCAGUCGCAAUCCUUGGAGGGUCGGGAUGCGCAAUCGUCUGAAGACUCAAUCGAGGGGCAGUAGCUUCAGCCCUUCUCAAAAGGUUUUCAAGAAUGGGUCCUUGAUCAGAAGCCGUAGUCCCCAUCGCAAUCCCUGGAGGGAUCGUUCCCCACCCAAAAGCCGAAGUCCCCCUAAUAACUUAAGUACCAGAAAGCAGCCGAAGGAUGUGGUGGAUAAUGACACCGAUCUUUAUCGGGAACGCCACAAAAUCACCUUGGCCAGCUGGGAUAUCCGACCCAUUCCCAAGCCUAUGAAGAGUUUCCACAGCAGCGGAUUCGAUGCGACCAUAUUAGGGCGACUAGAGCUCCAAGGCUAUGAUGCACCCACGCCCAUUCAGGCGCAAGCUUGGUCGAUUGCCCUGGCGGGUAGAAAUCUGGUGAUGAUUUCCGGUAACGGCACUGGCAAAACAUUGGGCUACCUACUGCCUGGCAUAUUGAAUAUACAGGAGCAGCGAGGAUCAAAGGGGCGCAAGAAAGGACCCAUUGUCUUGAUUUUGGUGGACGGUCGCGAGGCUGCUACUUUGGUCCGCAAGGAGGUAUUGAACUACACUAAUCCCCGCGAGCUUAGGGCUCAUUGCCUCUUGGGCGGUGGUCAAUGGCAAAGCCAUUCCGAAUGCGAUCUGCUGGUGGCUUCUGCUGGUCGCCUUCUGGAAAUGAUAGAUGAUAAAAAACAUGAGGUGGAACUGGAUCGUUGCGCCUAUUUGGUUCUAGACGACAUCGACCGCAUGAUAGACGUGGGCUUAGAGGGUCAAAUCUGCCGGCUGCUAUGUCGUCUACGUCCACGUGCCCAAUUGAUCAUCACCACGUCCUCGUGGUCACGUAAUCUGGAGCGGAUAGCCAACAAGUUUAUGGGCCAAUACACCUCGAUACGCGUGGGUCCAAUCAACAAUUCCAGCGAGGAUUUACAAAACAUUCGCCAGCGGGUGGAAGUAAUCGAUGGGCGUUCCAAAAUGUAUCAACUUAAAGAAGAGCUGACUGCUAUUUAUGAUUCAAGCGAUAGUCCCGGGAAAGUGGUGGUCUAUGUGAAGCGCCAAAAGCUCGUGGACGAACUGGUGGAAUUCAUUCGGCUCUUUGUGCCCUGUGAGGGCAUCCACGGAGGACGUUCUACGCUGGAAAAGGAAGUCAUAAUCCGAGAUUUUCGCAAUGGUGCCUACAAUAUUAUAGUGGCCACGGAUAUGACUUCGCGCGGACUGGAUGUACCGGGCAUUCGUUAUGUGAUCAAUUACGAUUUCCCCAUUUCCAUUGAGGGCUAUGUCCAGCGUUUGGUCAGAACGGGAUGCCUAUCGCGUUCCCGUAACUGUGAGGCCAUCAGUUUCUUUACCAAGGCAAACUCCAAGCUCUUGGUGGACGUGGUCGAUUUUCUCAAGAACAAUAAACAAGAAAUACAACCGCACCUUCUUCAAAUGGCUGAAGAACAAGCUCGUCGCCCCCGUAAUCGAAAGCGCCAUCGUCCACAACGCUACAAUCGCAAGCGUUAGGGUUUAGAUGCACCGAAAUUGAAAAUCAUUGGCAAACAUUUUGAUUGUAUAACUGCAUGCCUCCUUAAUAAAUAAUGGGUCCGAUAAA